AUGUCUUCGACUCCUGAACAAAGAGAUUCUGUCGAGGUAAAGGAGUCAAGUAAUAAGGCAGAUGGAGACAGAGCGUCAGACGCUGCAAAGAAAAAUGCUGCGAAGAGGAGAACCAAGACGGGCUGUUUAAGUGAGUCUUCUGGUCUACGGCGGGCACAUGCCCUCGAAGGUCCUGCCGCAUUCAUAUUUAACGAUCUUGCAGCAUGUCGAAAAAGACGAAUCAAAUGCGAUGAGGGGAAGCCUUCGUGCAGGAAUUGCAUAAAAUCAAAGCGCGAAUGCGCCGGCUAUGUGCAACCGCUCGUCUAUAAACAACAAACCCAAGGCGACACUGCUGCUUUCCACGACCCUACGGAGCCGUUCCUCUCACCUCAAAGCGAAGGGGCUUUUUUCAACCUACGCUUUGAGCAGCCGUACUUGGGAUCAUACCGCCCACUCGACCCCUCGACUGUGUCUCCUUAUCAACACCCUCCAUUUGGUGCCGGCGACAUUGGAUCGUCCUCUCUGCGCUCGAAUGCGCCUUUCUCGGAUGGCUGCGACGUGUCCGACUUCCACCGGUGGUCGGACGCGCAGCAACCCAGAGCUGCUACCUACCGCGGUACGCCAGACCCAAGUGGAAGGAGUAGACAUGGUGGUCUAGACGCAUAUUAUCACAGUGGAGGGCUUCCUGCAUCCCCCUCGCCUCUUGAUCGUCGGUGGAUGACCCAGUCAGGACAUCACCUCUCCGCACGGACUGAAGCACACUAUCCAGGCCCUAUUCCUCCUUUUCCUGCCGGAUAUGCCAGAUUUUCUUUAGGGCAACCGUCAGCUUAUGCCAGGCAGCCGCAGGCAUUCUCCCACGACAGCAAAGACGGAAACUUUGAUAGACAGUACCACAUCCGCGCCUCCGCUCGAGGUCCUCACCCUUCAUCCUCGGUACCGCCCCCUACGACCACUGCAGCGUUUGCUGCCACCUGGGAUGAUGACUAUGACGACCCCGACGAUCCCUUCGAUGUCGAAAUGGACGAGAGCCGAGUCUCUCACCACGACGCUGCAGACAACCUCACACAAAUACUGGAUCCAUCUGGCCGGCAGAUUUGGGGACAAAAAAUGUACAAUUGGCAGAGGGUGCAGGCCCAAUCAGUCGCAAGCUUUCAACUCCCGAUCGCCGCGUCGCCGCUACAAGACGAAAGGAACGAGCGUGCAUUUCGGCACUUUGUCGAGAUCACAAGCCACUGCAUCUCCAUUUUCGAGAGACAACACUUCAGCCCUUUGGUUGCUCCGGCGAGGACGCUUUGGAACUUCACGAUGCCGGCCCUGGCCCUGUCGUAUCCCGCCCUUGCCCACGGGAUUCUGGCCCUGGGAGGGUUGCAUUUCGCGAAGGUGAGCAGGAAUUCCGAAGAUCGAGCCGCGAAGCAUUUUAUGUACGCGGUCAGACGAGUGGGAAGACUGCUGAGUCUACCCAGACGACGCCAUGAGAUUGCGACGCUGGCCACGGUACUUGUUCUCGGGUUUUAUGAGGUAUUGAGCGGCGACCACUCCCGCUGGAACCUGCAUCUGUCAGGCGCGACGAAACUGGUGCUGGAACACGACAUCGCUAGCCUGACUCGCAACGCACGUCGGAUGCGCCGGGGCGCGAAAGCAAGAGUCAACCAGUGCACUGCGCAAUUUGCUUAUGGCCGUGUCGCCGGGAUCCCUGUUUCACUGUUGGACGAUAUAGAUUGGGAGGUCGACUCUGCGUUGAUUUCCCGGUUAAUCGGGGUUCAAGUGGACUAUGACCGUCAGGUGCAGCCAGGUUUGGAAUCGCAGGCGUACCCAUAUGACCUGACCGAAAAGGACAUUGAUGAUUUCAAAACCAAGCUGGAUCUGAGAUGGUGGUAUUGUAAGCAAGACGUCUUUCAAAGCAUGCUUAGUGGAGAUCGACUCCUCAUGCCAAUCGAGGACUGGAAGUACUGCCCCCCACGAGGACAAUUGGGACGAGCGGAUAACCCCUACGCGACCUUCGAUCAUUUGCUUCUUGUCAUGGCACGAUUGGCCGAUUUUGGCGGAAGAGACCGGAUCCGCAAGCAGCGGGCAGUUGAAGCUCAAGGAGGAGAAUGGCGGCCUCCUUUGUGGCUCUUCGGGCCCAGGGGGUCACCGGGACCCCCUGGAAGCAAAGGUAAAGAGAGGUCCGGUACAGUAAACAAGUCCUCCAGCUCAGGCUCGGGAAGAAAUACCGCGUCAAUGAGGUCCGCUGGCCAGAACUCCGUGAAACCUGCGCCAGCGCCCAGUGCUAAUGAGGGCAGAGUCAGGCAGACCAAGCCAACUCCAUCUCAAGGUCCGGGGCCGGAGUCGACGAACAGUCCGCCAAUGUUUGGGAUGAUGCCUUCGGCUGGAGAUCCGCAAGUGCAUCCUGCGGUGCGGACCAUGCAGGCCAACAUCAAGGAUCCGGCAUUUAUGCUAAGACCGGAGUCAAAGGGGGCUUCACCACCACGAGACCUUGAUGACGAGACCGCAAAAGCCUUCUCCGAGCAUGCCGAUAUCACCAAAGCAUUCGACAUAUUCCGUGCGGCCCUUGGCCCGGAGUUCGACCCUCUCCCACCUUCUGACCCGCCGAUAGCGACGCCAUUCGGGCCGGCUCUGGUGUAUAAAAACGCGGCCGUUGCUUGCAUAUGGAUAUUCUACAAUGUCGGGCGGAUAUUGUUGCAUCGCUUGCAUCCAGAAAUGAAUCCUGCUGCCAUGAUCUCGGCCGGUUUCGCAGCGCCGCUGACACACGAGUACGCCCAGACGGUGGGCAAGAUCUGUGGUGGGCUCUAUUCGGGACAACAUUACGGUCAAAUUGGAACGUUGGAGCCUAGCUUCGCCGGUGCGUUGAUGGAGAGUACAUUCUCCCUUCUCUUUGCCGCGGUACAAUACACGGAUCCGGGCCAGCGUGGAUGGACAAUAAGUAAACUACGAGAUGUCGACAAGCACUGCGGUUGGCGCACAUCGGCCGCCAUUGCGGGCGGUUGCGAGAAUGCCUGGGUAAAGAUGGCCCAGAAAGGCCGAGGACCUCCAUACGAACGUACGCUGAAUAUGCACGACAAGGACGAACGUGUGAGCGGACAAAAGCCGCGAGGCAGUCCCUCGCCGGGAGCAAGCGGUGGCAGACAAGAGUUCAAUCCUGAGGCCGAACAUGAGUCGGAGUUUGUGCAUCAUGAUCGCAGCUUGAUCGAUCGAUCGGGGUCUACCCGCGUGCACUGGGCCUUGGGUUUACUCUCGGUCGAGGAAGAUAUCAAAAGGAUGACAUUGGAGGAAGGAUGA